AUGGCCUACUACGCCCCCUCCGCCUCGUACCCGUCGAUCCACCGCCCGUCGCUCGCCUAUACCGGCACAACGGGCUAUGCGCCCUCGCACCUCGGGCACCACCACCACCACCACCACCUCCACGCGCCCCGGAGCAGCCUCGAGCGCGAGCGGGCGUGGUACCCGGCGACGCGGACCGAGAUGCUCGUCGCGCAGGCGCACAGCACCUUGCACGGCCACCACCUCGCCGACAAGCUCCGUCGAGAGUGGGACCAACAUGCUGUCGACUUUGCCUGGGACUGGGUCAACGAGGACGACAUGCGCGCCUUCCAGCAGGCCCUCUCGGACGAGCCCAACCCGGGCGCCGACCAGGACCAGCCCGAGAAGAUUGUCGCCGCGAGCGACUGGGCCCCGGUCAAGGAGCGCAAGCGCAGCAAGAACCCGCGCAAGCGCAAGGACGUCGUCCGCGAGGGCUGGGCGUACCACAUCUCGCGCUGGCCGCUCCUCCUCCUCAUCUUCGUCAUCAUCAUCUUCGAGUUUCUCUCCUACCUCGCCAUCCGCCAGAUGGUCAACGUCAUCGAGUUCUUUGCCGGCUGGCGAGGCGAGCGAGGACGGCUUCGACUUGCGCUCCGGAACGCGACAACGUACGACGAGUGGAAGACGCGCGCCCUCGCCCUCGAUGCCCUCCUCGGCCUCAACCACUGGAAGGCGUCGGCCCCGAACGCCUACUACGACGCGCCGCUCGUGCGCCGCGUCCUGCGCGCCCUGCGCUCCCUGCGCGAGCAAGGCGACGCCGAGGGCGUGUGCGCCGUCCUGCACGCGUGCGUGCGCAACAACUUUGCCGGCGUCGAGUCGUUCCACCUGUACAGCGAGUCGUACUUUGGCACCAAGGAGCUCGUGCAGGAGUACCUCGACGAGGUCGCACGGUCGCUCGAGUUUGUCCGAGGCGCGUCCGACGACCAACUUCCACCCGACGAGAAGGCCGACUUUUUCCGCUCGGCGGCCAAGAACCUCGGCGCGAGCGCCCUGUGCCUGUCGGGCGGCGCCUCGAUGUCGUACUACCACUUUGGCGUCAUCCGGGCCCUGCUCGACGAGGACCGCCUGCCGCGCGUCGUGACGGGCACGUCGGGCGGCGCCAUCGUCGCGGCCCUGUGCUGCACGCGCACCGACGCCGAGCUGCGCGAGCUCCUCGUGCCCGAGCUCGCCGACCGCAUCACGGCGUGCGAGGAGCGCAUCACGGUGUGGGCCGCGCGGGCGUGGCGCACGGGCGCCCGGUUCGACACGGUCGAGUGGGCGCGCAAGGCGAGCUUCUUCACGCUCGGGAGCAUGACGUUCCGCGAGGCGUUUGAGCGCACCGGCCGCAUCCUCAACGUGAGCGUCAUCCCGAGCGACACGCACAGCCCGACCAAGCUCCUCAACUACCUCUCGGCGCCAGACUGCGUCAUCUACACGGCCGUCAUCGCGUCGGCCGCCGUCCCCGGCAUCCUCAACCCGGUCGUGCUCCUCACAAAGGACAAGGACGGCAAACUGCACCCGUGGGAGUUCCAGGGCAAGCACAAGGACGGCUCGCUCCGGGUCGACAUUCCGCUGCAGGCCCUGCACAUGCUGUACAACGUCAACUUCUCGAUCGUGUCGCAGGUCAACCCGCACAUCCACCUGUUCCACUUUGCGCCUCGCGGCUCGCCCGGCCGACCCGUCUCGCACCGUCAGGGUCGAGGGUGGCGCGGCGGCUUCCUCCUCGCCGCCGCCGAGGGCUACUGCAAGAUCGAGCUCGUCAAGUGGUUCAGGGUCAUCCGCGACCUCGAGCUCAUGCCCGAGCUGGCCGGGCAGAACUGGAGCGGCGUGUUCUUGCAGAAGUUCGAGGGCAGCGUCACGAUCUGGCCCAAGAGCCGCUUCUCGGACUGGUUCCGCCUUCUCACCGACCCCGACCGCGACGAGCUCGCUCGCAUGAUCCGGGUCGGGCAGCGCGUCACUUGGCCCAAGAUCAAGAUGAUCGAGAACCGCCUCAAGAUCGAGCGCCAAGUCGACCUAGGCCGGCAAGAAGCGCGUGCCCGCCUCACCUCGUCCUCGUCCUCGAACGGCAACGGCUCGGCCUCUCUCGCCCCUCCUCCGCUCACGCGCCACAACUCGUCGGGCGACCACCUCCUCAUCCCGCGCGAGCCUCGCGUCGCGAGCCCGGCUCGCGCAAGGACGGCGAGCCCGGCCCCUCGCGGCCAAGCGCAGCCCGACCGCUCUGGGUCCGGCUCGGGCGACACCGAGCUCGACGACGACGAGUACGGCGACGACGAGGGCCUCGACAGCGUGCGCGUCGACGACAACAGCGCGGCGGCCAAGAAGCGGCGCCGGGCCAUCCUCGAGCGGCUCGGGCUGCGAGGUGCGGCGGGCCGGGGCGCGAGCGCGCCGCCUCUCGGCGGCGGCGGGAGCGGCAGCGCGAGUGGGAGCGACGGCGGCAUGCGCCGUCGAGGUGGCGGCAUCGGCGACGGGCGGUACCUGCACCGCGGCGGCGAGGGCGAGACGGAGGACGGCGAGGGCGAGUCGGAUUGGACGAGCGGCGGCGAGGGCGCGCCGCCGCUCAUGCCGCUCGGCGGGUCGGGCGUCAGGAGGAGGCUGAGGAGCAGCUCGCUGGGCCCAAUGGUCGGCAUGAGCUCUGACGAGGAGGGCCCGGCCGGCGCGGGCGGGAGGUUCCGCCCUGUCGUACAGAAUCGCAAGCGUCAUCUUCACAACCUGAGCCAGUCGCGCAAGCCUCACGUCCAGUCGUCAUCCCUGUGGACCUCCUCGACGACGGCCCUCUUCGACCUCCCCGACGAGCUCCUGUCGAGCAUCUUGAGGGACUGCAUCUACUCGGCGAGCUACCGUCGCGGCCGUGUCGUGGGGCUCUUCACGGUCAGCCGACGCAUCUAUCGACUCGCCCGUCCUCUGGCCCUCGAGUGCGUCGUCGCCCCCUCCAGUUCAUGGUUCGACGCGCCCUCGCCCACGGCACUCGAGCUCGUCGACCAGUUCUUCGGCAGGUUGGCAACAUUGUCGCCGUUCUACAGCCACAUCAAGAGCCUCGACGUCGGCAGGGUCGACGCCCCUAUCCUCCUCAGCAACCUACUCGUCGCCUGUCCCGCCCUCGAGUCGCUGAACGUCGGCGACGCACUCGACGUCGGCGAUGUCCUACCCGAGCGCGUGCUACGCGCCCUCCCAGAGGUCAAGUCGCUCCGUAGCCUGUCGCUGGACGCCCCGUUCUCGCUCGGCGACCCGUCCUUCGACCUGCGCACGACCUCGAUCCGCCGCCUGUCGAUCUUGCGCGAGCACAAGCUCCUCCUCGCCGACGGUAAGGGCAACAACCUCGACGAGCUCGACCUGUGUGAUCACCUUCUCGAGGGCUGUGCGAUACCCUGGUCGUCGUUAAAGGUCCUCCGCCUUCACGGCCACGGUGGCCGCCCGUUCGAGGACGGCGCGUCCGUCUUGCCGGCGCUCGAAGCGGUCGCUCGACCGGGCUCGGUCCCUCUCGAACGCUUCGAGCUGCUGCUGGACUCGGCCUUCGCCGCCGAGGACGAGUCGGCUCGUACUCGGAACUACGAGUUCAUGUUCCAGGUUCUACGACUUGCCACGCCUCGAUCGGUCGAGCUGUUCGUGGGGCGCUGCCCGCCUGUCCUCGCCCGUGGCAAUCAGUCGCUUCCGAGCGUCGUCAACCUCGACCUCCGGGUUGGAGACAGAUCCCUGUUCGACACAGAGGUUCUCCCCGUCUUCGCCUCCUUCCUCGCCCACUUCCGAUCCCUCGCCACGCUACGCCUACAGACCAACUACCCGUCCUCACCUGGCGCCCGGCAUUCGUUCUUCGCCGACUGCAUCGCCCUGUCGCCUGCAACGUUCGCCCUGCACCACCCUCCCUUCUCGGCCCUCCUCGGUUUUCUUCGCACGACCAAUGUGCUGCGGUUCGACUUCAGGGACCUGUCCGCGCGCUUCCUGCGCGGCACUCGCACAAGUGGGACGGAGGCUUUCGAGUUCGAGACGUUCAGCUACAGUCGGUGAGGGGCGGGCGACGUCGAGGGCGGCUCGAGGAGGACGAGGGGUUCGAGGCGGCGAAUGUCACGCGCACGUUUCCCUCGC